AGGGAUAGCUGCAGAAGCACAUCAUUUGGAUAUUCUGGAAGCGCUUCAGAAAGGCGUUCCUUGGAUUUUCUCAUCAGAAUUGGAUGCAGGACUAAACACAGCCUGUCAGAACUCACUUGAAUUCUUAUGUCUUUGACUGAGGUCACAGUGGACAUUUGGAUCAAAGCUUCAGACUUGGCUAGUCAUUUUUAGAUUUGAUGGACAAACACCGCACCCGAGGCAAUUGCAGGUUACGGUGCUGUGAGAACACCCAAAGGUGGUUCGAAGAUUGGGAUUUGGUUGUGUGAGUUAUGCGCUUCUGUGGUCGACAUGUGAGGUUGAGCAUCACAGACAUUCAGAUUCAUUUCAUACACAGUGUCUGAGGGGUUUGCAGACUGCACAGUGAGAAGAGACAAGGAAGGGAUCAAGUUUGGCUGCUGUGUGGAACAUAAGGACAAAGCAAAUGCACUAAAUCUGGUCCAAACCAAAAAGCGUUUUUAUCUAAUAUGAGGAAGGAGCGUGCUUUUUUCCAAACACAGAGCAGAAAUUAUAACCUGGUUUGUUAAGGUAAUGCUACUAAAUAUCAACAGAACCUUUUUUUCAGUCAGCUCUGAAAGACCAAUGAAGGAAUCGGACCAAACCAAGGAUAACCCCCUGACUUGGGAUGUUGACCAAUCCUGGAAUUCAUUCCUAAAACCUGCUGCACGUCUUUGCCUCAGCACCUUGGAUUUCUCAGACCUGUGGGACGAGGAAGACAGUACAGAGGACGAGGGAUCUCAUUCAACCAAUGAAUCAUCGCCGUGUCUCCGAGCCCCUCCGGCCCCCCCUCCUCUUCCUCCCCCUCCUCCGCUUCCAUCACCUUUGCCCUCUGCCUCCCAUAAAGGUGCAGCCAUCAAAUGCCGCACCUUGAAGCUCCACUGGAGGGAACUGCAGAAUUUAGCUCCCCUUCCCAGGAUGACCCGCUUCGGGACUCAAACUAUUUGGGCCGGACUUGAGCCAGUCCAUUUGGACACAAACCGACUGGAGUACCUGUUUGAAUCUAAAGGCAGUAGCACAAGUUUUAAUGUGGCUUCUGGGAGGCAGAAGCAGCCGUCAGUCUCAGUGUUGUGUAUGAAGCGGAGUAACAUCAUAACCAUUGCCCUGAGCAGCCUGCCCCCUCCCCGCCUCCUCCCCCCUGCUAUCUACAGCAUGGACAGCAGUGUGCUGGACAGAGAGGACGUUCAGCGGCUUAAAGCACUGCUCCCAACAGAAGAGGAACUGGGUCUGAUCAAGGAGGCCAAGGCCCAGAACCCCCACUCCCCUCUGGCCCCAGCCGAGCUCUGCCUGCUCACGCUGGGGGAAAUCCCACAUCUGAACUCCAGGCUUCAGCUUUGGGCCUUUGCUCUGGACUACGACUCCUUAGAAAGGGAAAUUGCCGAACCUCUCUUCCACCUGAAGUUGGCCAUGGAACAGCUCGCAGCCAGCCAGACCUUUAGAUGUAUUCUCGCAACGGUGUUAGCGAUCGGUAACUUUCUCAAUGGAUGUAAGGCCCGUGGCUUUGAGCUCAGCUACCUGGGGAAGCUGUCCCAGGUGAGGGAUACACACACUCGCCAGCCCCUGCUGCACCAUGUCUGUGUGCUGCUGCUGCAGCUCUACCCACAAUCCUCUGACCUCUACUCUGACAUCACUGCUGUUACUAAAGCUGGCAAGUUCGACUACUCCCUAGUCCAGUCCAACCUUACCCAGCUAGAGGCCCUGUGCAAAGCAUCAUGGGAGCAGCUAAAGCUUUUAGACAAGGCAGAGGAGAAGAGGAGAGGAGGAAAGGUGGAGAAGAGGAGAGGAGGAAAUGAGGCUUUGGCCCUGGAGGGCUCGCUUCGUCACCAGCUGCCACAGAUUUUAAAAGAAUGCGAGGAACGGCUGAAAGUCCUGAGAGCCGUCCAUCGUCGGGUUAUAAACAGGUUCCACUCUUUCCUCUUGUUCCUGGGCUACUCCCAAGCUAUGGUGAGAGACACCAAAGUGGAAGACUUCUGUAAAACCAUCAGCAACUUUUCUUUGGAGUACAGGACCACACGGCAGGCCAUCGUCCUGCAGAGAGAGAGGGAACGACAGAAAAGUGGAGCAGAAAGCCCAGGUCCUAACACGCCCGUAGGCAGGAGGAAACGUCAACAAACUUCAACACAGGAAAAUGAGGAGCAGUGUAGGCUGGAGGAAGUUCUGAGAACACCUGAGUCCAUCUCAAGACUGGAUGUCACUCUGCCACAAAACCGCAGGAGGAUGGCUGACAUCCAAGGUCCAAUCUCACGGAAAAUGAAGUGGUGACCCUGCUGAUAUACUUUGAAAAGCCAUUCACCCACUGGUGUGAUUGAACAAAAUUGUUUGUAAUUGUUAUUUAUGACAUUGUUGAUAAAAGUGACAUUUUUGCAGCACAAUGUUGUUUCGCAGUAAGAAAAUGGACAGAUGCAUGAGAUUUCACAUGCCAUUCAAUUUUUAUUA